AUGAUCCGGAGUUUGCUCACCACAUGUCCAUCUCUCAAGUGUCCGUUCUUGACUGUCACGCUUCCGUCCGAGAAGGCGGCCGCCGACAUCGCGUCUCGGUCGGUGUUGAUCAAAGGGUUCUUCGAGAAAUGGGGCGAAGGUAAGACCUAUGAAGAGCUGCUCGCUUCCCUGGACAAGUAUCCCAGGGAAAAGAUGGAAAUCUACGGUGCGGCGGACAAGUCCUUUAAGUUUGUGGUGGAUGGGUUCGGCCGCAAGUACGAUAACGCCGAGCGUAUCGAGAUCAUGAAGCGCUUUGCCUCCCUUCCUCUGCAUGGCAAGAUUAGUCUGGAGGAACCGGACAACCGAUUUUGGAUCGUUGAAGACAUUGGCAACAACGCACCUAAGGACAUGCCGCCUCGCAAGAUAUACUUCGCUCGUCAGAUUGCCGAGGGAGAAGGCCGAGUUGCCAUUGACAAGUACUCGCUCAAGAAGAGAGGCUACCUCGGCACCACCUCGAUGAGCAGCGAAUGGUCCCUCCUGAUGGCGAACCAGGCGCUUGCGCGGUCGGGUAGCUUCGUGUUUGACCCGUUCGUGGGCACCGGAAGCAUUCUGGUGGGCUGCGCUCAUUUUGGAGCGAUGACCAUCGGUGGCGACAUCGAUCCGCGCGUGCUGCGGGGAGACACCAAGCUCAACCAGCAAGUCACAGAUGGAUCCACAAACAUUUUCACAAACUUUGCGCAGUACAAGAUGGACGACAGGCUUGUGGACUUGGUUGCGUGCGAUGGCUCUCGUCCUUGCUGGAGGCGCAACGCGCAGUGGUAUGAUGCCAUUGUCGGCGAUCCGCCAUACGGAGUGCGAGCUGGCGCGCGUAAGAUCGGCAAGAAGGUCAAGCGGAAGGUCAAGGAGGCCCGCGUCGAUCUGUACCACGCCUGCCCCCUGCGACCAUGGCAGCUGCAAGCCAUUCCUCCCGGGUGUAGCGACCUGCCCCACAUCCCUCAGUCCGUGCCCUAUGAUGUGCCGGACGUGUUGCGAGACCUGCUCGUUUUCGCCGCACAGACGCUGGUUAUGGGCGGACGACUCGUCUACUGGCUGCCCACCACCGACCAGUACAAGGACAGCGACGUUCCGCUCCACCCCUGCCUCAAGCUGCUGGCCAACUCCGAGCAGGUGCUCUCCAUGCGCCUGCGACGAAGGCUGAUCACGAUGGAGAAGAUCAUGGACUUUGAUCCCUCUAUCCAUUCCGAUAUCACCGUCACCUACGGAGAGGACGCCGAAGGCCCGGCCCACGCCCACGUGUCGGACUACUUCCUCAAGCGCAAGCAGUUCGCCGAGGACAAGAAGGAGCCCCACGCAAGCAAAGAGGAGGCGUCGUCCUCCUCGUGA